GGUCCUCUCUGAGAGCAGCUGCUCACAGCACAUUCUCCUCAGCGGGAGCAUUCACUUUCCCUCCGCCUGCUGCGCUCCAUCUCUUCUCCUCCUCCGUCUUCCUCCCUUCUUUCCACUCUCAGUGCUUUACUUGUCUUUGCUCUACUCAGACACAUGCUUUCUCUCACCCUGUAGUGCUUGGCCACACAAACCUUCUCUGCAGUAACAGGUAGACAUCAUCCAGCUCUGCUCAGAUGAGGAGAAGGACCUGGGUUUUCUUUAUGUAUCCAAAGUAGGCAUUAGGAGAAGAAACAUAGGUGGAAGAAGAAGAGGAAGAGGUGUUGAAGAGGAAAGGGUGUCAGCUUCACUCCCUUGUAAUGUUCCUCCUGACACCAUGCUGCUCUGUGUGGAUUUGCUCCUCAGGGGAAAAUCCUUAAAAUGAUGGAAGACAACAAACAGCUGGCUCAGAGGAUUGAUGGGGCCAUCCAGUCCGCCACUCAGGAAGUGACGAACCUUCGAUCUGAGCUCUCUGCCACCAGCCGCAGACUGGCAGAGCUGGGAGCCAGCAGCCCCCCUGCCUUAGAGAACCACCACCAGCUCAACCACCACGAUGACAGCCUUCACUAUCGAGAUCCAUCGGUGCAUCACAGGCAGAAGACGGUUGUGACAGACAUGUGCUACCCAACAGAGAUAUCCAGCCUGAUGGACUUUAGCACUCCAGACUGCUCACUGGGCAAAGGUACAGUGUUGCUGGAAAUCUCAAGGCGUUGCCUUGGUGACAGCAGGAAGUGA